AGGAGAGUGGCCUCCUACCGCCAGUAAAAAAAUGGCGCCCCUUAUGGAUCGUAUUCGAGACAAGUGGAAUGGUGUGUAUUAUUUCUUACAUACUCUACCCUUUUUCGAUCGUUUCUUUUCCUACUUUGGAUUGAGGUUCUAUCGCGAGAUUAUGAGCAAUUAAGAACUAUAUGGAUAUGCUGACUGGUUGAUCUUGGUAUAUAAAAGUCUUUAAACAACGCUUUGCCACUAAGCAGUACCCGUUAGCUUGGUUAAUCUUCUUGAUCAUUAUCGUGAUUGGCACUGUCGCCGUUCUUGGUACGUUAGUCGUCUAUGAUGCUCAGUAUCAUAGGUCCCCUACCUACCUACCCAUCUUCACGGUUCAAAGAACUCGUAACUAACGCUCGGUUUGCGAUGAAAGUCGGUUGGUACGGCCUUGCAAUCGAGACUAAGUCCCAUGAGGCCUUGACAAGUUCGCCAAUCACGAACCCGCAUACGACCAAGCAGCCAGCGGAGCCGAAUUUCGACUUUGCUAGUGGCUACGUGAUGCCGAUAAACAACACGGCUUUACGCGCGGCCCCGGGGUUUCUUAUAACUACCGAUAUCGCGAACGAGACGUCCGUUACGUCUAGUCCUACUCAUGUUAUCACUGCAACCCCAACUCCCCAGGAGAUGAACACCAAGUUGGCUCUGCCCAUGGUUGUUCCGGUCACCGACGGAUAUUAUACCGGUGGCCUCGAUGCUAAGCACGAUGCUGGUGACAAGGGUCAUCAAGUUGAUAGCGAUGAUGGUGGUUUGGUUUCCGUUGUCCCGCCUGCUGUCGUUACUGUAACUGUAACCGUUACUCCGCACCCCAACGAGUCACCGCUAUCUGAAUCUCACGAGAGCGCAAGUCUAAUCUCUACUGAGACUCUGAGCAUGGUUUCCCCAUUGUUGUCAUCGUUGUCGUCUCUCGCGACUACUACAACCCCCGCUGUUUAUUCCUCUUCUUCCAUAGUGGAAAGCACUACUUCUGCCGUGGUCACAAGCACUAUUACCACCGCUUCGACAGUGAACACCUCGAGCAUCACCACCCCAGCCGAAGGUGGAGGAAGCCUAAUGUACUGCCCGCACACGACGCAGCCUAACGUAUGGACGCUGUGCCCUAGCCACGAUCUGGAUAACACCGCGGUCGCGUCUCCUCCCGUUACCGUCGUCGCCUCGUCUGCCGCCGGUCCGCUGAGACGUCCCCCGUUUGGCACUCUGUGGAAGUCUAUGCGAGAUGUGCUGAAGGGAUGGCUGGGAUACGGCCACGAAGUGCAAGGGCAGGUACAGGAGCUCAAUAUGGAUGAUGAAUACUUCUACCAAGACGGCCAAUACCAUUAUGAGGACUACUACAAGGAUAGCAAUGACGACGGUGAUGGCGACACCAACGACCAUACCACUGCCGACAAGAAAGCCCACGGCUCAGUCUACGACGGCCUCCUCGUCAGCCUCUUCGUUGCGGAAGCCCGCCUCGAUUCCCUCGAGCAGCUCAUGCAGGGCUACCUGGACCUCGUGCAGAACUUGACGGAUCUACCUGCGCAUCUGGAGAAUUUUGGCGGCGUGCGCCUGCAGGUGGUGUUCUCGAGAUAUCUGCGCAUCAUGCGCGAGAUGCUGGGUAUGAUGAAGGCCAUUUAUAGUGUCCUGAGGGUGGAGGAGAUGUUGGGGGCGGAGUUGGAGGGGGUGGGUGGGGGUGGAAGUGGGAGUGAGAAGGAGAGGGUUUGAGAUUGAAUGGCGAGGGAGUACGUGCGCGUGUGCUUUGGGAUGAGCAAGCAAGGCGUUAGGCUUGGUGGGGAGGACGGCUUCAUAUCUGGGCGUUUCGAGGUUAUUUAUGUUUCUGCUUCCCAUACAAUACUCAUGUUUGCCUAUGGAUUUCCUACGGUAGUUACUUGAGUACUUAGGUAGGGGAAGGGUGGGAACGGGAUAUCGUGUGUGGGGAGGGUUGGUAUACUUAUGCCUACCUACCUAUGAUUCCUCCCCUACCCUACCCCCUUUUCCUUUCCUUUCCUUUCCUUUCCUUGCCCCUGGUUCCUCGAUAAUACGAUGAACAUGUUACAUGUUUCUGAACUACAGAAGGAACCAGGGAAUCAGAGAAAGGUAUUGUUUUAGGGGGGCGCUUUAAGGGUUAAUAGGUUGUGCACCUUGCACGACUAUAGUCUUAGUUAGGUACUUACUUCGCAUUCAGAUUGAACUUGAAACUGAAAUUGACAUUGGAAUUGAUAAUUCAUAUUGGAGUUUUAUGCUAUGGAUUAAAUUGA